AUGCAUUUGAAAAAUUCUUCAAUAAAUUCUACUCACGAUAGCAACGGUAUUUAUUCAUAUUUCAAAGCUCAAUCAUCUAAUAUUACUCCACAUGUAUCUGCACAUAAUAUUCUUCUUGUUCUACGUACGUCGAAAAGAACACAACACAUGCGUAUACCUCCUAUUUUAAAUACAUGGUUUCAAUUUUCUCCAACGACAACUUAUAUUACAACGAAUAGUGAUGCUACAUUUUUUCAACGUUACCUUUCGAAACAAUAUCACCAACAGGUAUAUUAUACGAAUUGUACACAAGCACAUUCUAUUCAUGAUUUAUGUUGUCAAAGUGCAUCAGAAUUUCAUAUUUAUUUUCAAAAUGAAAAUAAAUACGAAUGGUUAUGUCGUUUUGAUGAUGAUCAAUAUGUAAAUGUUCCAUUACUUAUAGAUUAUUUAAAACAAUAUUCGCCAAAUCAACAACCAUUAUAUAUUGGUAAACCAAGUUUAAAAGAACCGAAACGUGGCCGUGGUCUAGAAUUUUGGUUUGCUACAUAUGGUGGUGGAGUUUGUUAUUCAAAAUCUCUUCUACAUAAAAUUUAUGACGAUAUUCAACCGAAUAAAAAAUUUAUGGACGGUUGUGUAUCAUCGAAUUUUCCUGAUGAUACACAUAUAGCUUAUAUACUUCGAAAAAAAUAUAAUAUUAAUUUAACUGUUGCAAAUGAUUUUCAUCAUCAUAUCGAAGGAAAUUUAUUUACGAAUUUAACAAAUCCAUUAAAUAUUGAUCAAGCGAUUACAUUUGGUUUUAAAGGUAAUAAUGUUCCUCGAUUUUUACCUCUCAUUAAAAAUGAUGUAUAUCGUAUGCAAACAUUACAUUGUUUAUUAUAUCCAGAUAAAAAUUGUAUGCGUUUAUUAAGAAUUUUAUUAAAUCAAUUAUUUGAAGAAAAAUAUGGUUAA